GCAGAAAAUACGCGAAAAGUAUAACAAUUCGUAUUUAUGAAUUACAAUUUAUACUCUUUAUUAUCUUAUUGGGUUUUAAUGUAAAGAUGCGGUCGGUGAAAACAGAAAAUGCUAGCAGCAGCGAACAAUUGCUAGCCUGUCGGGUUUGUCUGGCCACUGAAGCUAAGUUGUACAAUAUUCUUAAAAAUGGAUUAGAAAAAGAAAUUCUGGAGCUACUAGGGAUCGAGGUGUUAGCAAUAGAUGGGUAUCCACAGCACGUAUGUGCAUUCUGCCGGGUACUUUUAGCAAAGUUUAAGCAGUUCCGAGCUUGCAGCCAACGGGCCCAGGAGCUGCUGCGGACACUUAAGAAACAACAUGGGAUUAAUACAAGCACCAUCACCACCAUCCACUCUCCAUUCACAAACCUAACCAUCCACACCACCACCCUCAUAGAAUACCAAUACCAAGAACGACCAGAAAUACCAGCACUUAUUGUCAAAGAUGAAUUAGAACCCAAGCAUGAAGAUGUAGUAAAAUAUGAAGAUUUAGAUGAUAAUAUAGAUGUGGAUGAUAAUAUAGAUUAUGAUGAUGAGGACUAUAAGGGGGAAGUGGAAGUUAAGAAGAGGAAGCGGAAGAGGAGGGUUGGGAAGGAAGUUACGAGGGAGAAAAAGAAGUUACCUAAAGAAAAGAAGAUAAAGAAAAUGUUCGACUGCGAGGCCGACUUCCCCGCGUUCGAGGCCAAAUACAACAUGGAGAUAGUGGUCCUCACUAUGGACCAGCAACUAGAAAACAUGGCCGCCCGGAAAAACUCCUCGAACUAUGUCAACUCCCCGUAUAAAUGCCAGCUGUGCUUUAAGGGGUUUUCGUCUGAAGCUACUUUCAAAAAUCAUAAUUUAAAGCAUCAUGACCCGACACACAUCUUCCCACUCGCCCUCAAAUUCCUCGCCAAUAUAGCCGUACUUACACAUUUGUGA